AUGGGGGAUGGGGCAGAGCAGCCGUGGAAGCUUUUACAGCCUGUGCUCUCUCUUACCUCCCCCACAGAUCUGCGCCCCUUAGACAUCCUCUCCGAGGUGAUCCCCCCAAGUGGCAGUGGUCCCUCUGGCGGCUUAAGGAUGAUCCAGGCCCAGGGGGCCCGGGGCUUCCAGCUGUCGGCCGUGUACAGCCCCCGCCUCCUGAGCUUCCCGGCCUCCAGGAUCUUUCUACAUUGUGACCUCUUUCCUGAAGAAUUUUCCAUUAUUGUCACCCUGAAGGUCCUCAACCUCCCCCCCAAGAAGAACGAGUACAUCUUCACGGUGGUGGAGGAGGCCAGCGACACCCUGCUGGUGGGCCUGCGCUACUCGCCCCGCAAGCUGCACUUCCUCUUCCUGAGCCGGGAGCGCUCGGGCAGCUGGCAGACCCGUGUGACCUUCCAGGACGUCCCUCUGACCGACAACCAGUGGCACACGCUGGUCCUGGCCGUGUCUGAGAGCUCCUUCUCCCUCACAGCCGACUGCAGCGUGCCCACGGAGGUGAUUGUCGACACCCCGUUCCCAAUGUCACUGACCAUGAAGGGAUCCCGGUUUUUCAUUGGCAGUCGGCGGAGAAAGAAGGGCACCUUCACUGGCCUGCUGAGGCAGCUGGUCCUGCUUCCUGGUUCCGACGCCACCUCACGGAUGUGCCCCAGCAGGAACGCCCAGCUUACUGUGCUGUCCAUCCCCUCGGUCCUGCAGGACCUUGCAGGGAUGCCCGAAGAUGAGGUGCUCCGGUUCCCUUAUGAGGCUGACAUGAAAGUGACCCUGGGCCCGCGGCCUCAGUGCGCCAGGAUGGAGCCCGCCCGCUUCUGGUUCGACGCCUCCCGGAGGGGCCUCUACCUGUGUGUCGGCACUGAGUGGGUGUCCGUGAUAGAAGCCAAGGUAAAGCUGGACUACGUGGAGGAGCACCAGAGCCUGGCCACGCCGUCGGAGACCAUGGGCAUUGAGGUCUUCACCAUCCCUCACGUGGGGCUUCUGGCGGCCGCUGCCAACCGCCAGGCCAGCUCCACCAUCUACAAGUGGGUGGAUGGCAAGUUCGUUUCCUACCAGAACCUCCCCACUCACCAAGCCCAGGCCUGGAAAUAUUUCACGAUAGGAAAAAAGGUUUUCCUGGUGGUGGCGAACUUUGAGCCCAAAGAGAAGGGUCGGCAGGAGCUCUCGGUCAUCUACAAGUGGAGCCCCAGGAAGCUCAAGUUUGUUGCCUACCAGCGGAUCGUGACUCACAGUGCCCGGGACUGGGAGGCCUUUGAGAUCGGAGGGGAGUCCUUCCUGGCCGUGGCCAACCACCGGGAAGGAGACAAUCACAACAUCGACAGCGUCAUCUACAAGUGGAACCCGAGGUCGGGGCUGUUCGAGACCAACCAGACCGUGGCCACAUCGGGCGCAUACGACUGGGAGUUCUUCACCGUGGGGCCCUACUCCUUCCUGGUGGUGGCCAACACCUUCAACGGCACAUCCACCAGGGUGCUUUCCCACACCUAUGUGUGGCUCCUCGGUUCUUUUCGGCUCUUCCAGUCUUUCCUGACCUUCGGGGCUGCAGACUGGGAAGUCUUUCACAUUGGGGAGCGGCUCUUCCUGGCCGUGGCCAAUAGUCACAGCUAUGACAGCGACAUUGGGGCGCAGACCAAUUCCUACGCCAUCAACUCCGUCAUCUACGAGCUGAACGUCACCGCCCAGAUGUUCGUCAAGUUCCAAGACAUUCCCACCUACAGUGCUCUGGACUGGGAGUUUUUCUCUGUGGGAGAAGAUUACUUCCUGGUCGUCGCGAACUCCUUUGAUGGGGAGUCCUUCUCCGUGAACAGUAUUAUAUACAGGUGGCAAGGCUACGAAGGCUUCGUGGCCGUUCACCACCUCCCAACCUUCGGCUGCAGGGACUGGGAAGCCUUCAACACAAGCACAGGCUCCUACCUCAUGUAUUCCAGUGCCAAAGAGCCGCUCUCCCGGGUGCUGAGGCUGAAAAUAAGCUGAGCCCGGCAGCCACAUCCCACCUUGCCUCGGCCUCGGCCUCGGCCUCGGCCACCUUCCCAGGAGCCCUGGGAAUAGCUGCACUUGAGGACAGCCCCCUGGGUUGGAUGACUCCGGAUUGGCUACAAGGGGAGGGGGCACCUGGGCACCAUCUGGCAUCUUAAAGACCUCUUACUGACUCCUCCACCUGGGAGGAGAGCAGACACUGCCUGCAUGGGCAGGAGCCCCCUAUUCCCCCAAUCCCCCCACAAAGAAGAUGGCAGAUCCCUUCCCAAGAGUGUUUCCUGGUAUGAGGGAGAAGGGAAUGAAGCCGGGGCACCUUCUGGCUUGGAUUGUCCUCUGUCUCCCUUGUCACGGCUGCUCAUUAAGAAAAAGGGCAGCAUCCCUCAGUGGGACUCGCUCUCGCAGGGCAGCACUCACAGCUCAGCACACAGGGAGAGGAAGCUCUGCUCCAUGCUGGAGUUUGUAGUCAAGCUUUUGGACAUGGUCAUUCCCGAAGGGCCCCCCCGUGCCAGUGGCGAAGGAAGGUGCCCGUCUCAAGGAGCCGGACUUCUGAGCCCGUGUUCAGCAGGGCCUGGGUGCCUUGUGGCGCUUUGGGAGAAGUGCCCUUCAGGUAGAAAGGUGUCUUGUUAUUUCCUAAAAGUGAGACCAUAAAAUUGUUCACCUCCUAGAAAAAUGGGGGUUCCCCCGGGGAUCUGCAGCCUGCUUCUCCCUCCCCUCAGCCACCUGAGAUAAGGACUCAGCAGGAAGAACUCACCCAUGGAUAAUAGAAGGGCUGAUAAUAUGUGGCUAAAUCACAUGUGGGCAGAGGAGGCGUCUGCACCGUGAACAGCAGGAGAGAGGGGGGAAACGAUGGCCUUCCAUUUCCGAACCCCGGAAAUUCAACCCAUCGCAAGUAGCCCUGGUUAAGUACCUUCUCUGCCAGACACAAGGGGAAAGACACUGGGGAGAGGACUGGCUGGGGAGUCACAAGGUCUCUGACAUACUAUAAACAUUAUGUGGAACUGGCGAUGGAUCUGAGAUCCACACAAUUCUCCAAGGCGUGGGAGGUGCAAUGUACUCCAGGGAGGGAGUUUCUACAGGAGUUCCCUCUACUAAUGAGAGCAUCAGUCCAAAGGGACACAAACCAGGGGCUGCCCUCAGGAAGAGGACCUUUUAUGUGGGUGUGCUGUGGAAUAUUACACAGACAAUGAAAUAUUAUUCUGGGAGAGAGAGUGAGCACUAGCAGCUAGGGGAAUCAGGGAAAGAUUUGCAUGUACCUGUGCAGGAUCUGCUGAGGAUGCUAAGAAGCAGGGGUGAGGAGGGACGGUGUCCAGGUACAGGGAACAAGCUGUUCAAAGGCUUGGAGAGGGGAGAUGGUGUCAAGGACAGGAAAUUGCUUGUAAUCCAGUUUGGCUGGAAAGUAAGAUCCCUGAGGAAGUCUGGAAGGGGUAGUAGGAUGCAGAGCUGGCUGGUUUUAUUCCGGAUGCAGGGGGAGCAACAUGGCCAGAUGGUAUCUUGGGAAGGUUCGCUGGGUGAGGAGAGGGAGGCAGAGCAAGCUGGCCAUCAUCGUUAGCCACAGACCAGAGGCAGUGAAAGUGUGCUGCCCACAAGUAGGAGGGGAGAGGAGAGGAGAGGAGUGCACAUCUGGCCCUUGGUGAAAGGGCUGGAAGCCCGCCUGCUCUUUCCCCUCACAAAGAAGAAGAAAACAUGGAGAGCACGGCCUCCAUCUGCAUCUUCCCAGAAACCUGGGACACAGUGAGUGGGAGAGGCAGGAGCACAAGAAGUUCUUCCCAGGCAAUCGGGGACAAGCAAGAGGCAGUGCGGUGCAAUGGAAAGUGCUGGACUGGGAGUCGAAGGCCCAAAGUUCGGACCCUGCCUCUGCUCCUUCCUGCCCCUGUGACCUUGGAGGGACAUUCCAUCUUCCUGGUUUUUGGUUUCCUCCUCAAAGUGAGAGCAAGUGGCCUCGAGUCAAUACCCUCUGACCCUUAACAUCAGGGGCCACCCCAUUUCCCAAGCAUUCGUGACCCUCCUGGCCAGAGAAUCUGGUCCCUUCAUAUCUCCUGCCCAGACUCGCACCCACAGACUUCACCCCUGCCCUCUCUCCCCUUAGAGGUGCUUGCUGGAGCUCCCUCUGCUUCCCAAGCGCUUCUAUCACCUUUCCUUGAGCUUCCUGUCCCCCAAAUAUUUCUUCAUGCCCUCCUCACUCCAUUAUUGAGCCCAUCUGAGCCAGCCUGGUCGCAGGGAUGCUGUCACUCUGUCAUGUCAGAGGAAAGCUGGGGGGCUCUGGGGAGCUCUCUGCCCUUUUAGUGACCCCGCCCCGUCCUCUGCUUUGUCAAGGAAUGUAUUUAUGUUGUAUUGUGUGCUCCCUAUGUAGAAAAACCUAUUUAUUUCAUUGUUCUGUUCUUAAAUAUAUUUAUGAUCUUUCCAACAGAAAAGCUGUGCUCCAGAAGUGUUUCUUAUUGGGUAGACCAUUUCCUCUCCACACAUCCCAUAAGGUGGACAGCCCAGUACGGCGUGUCCACACCAGAGUGGGCACUGCGCUCUAGGAGUAAAGCAGGAUUGAAGUAGCUCCAAAGAAACGUGAGGGGCACAAAGUCAGAGAAUCCACCCGACUGCUCUCGGGUUCUUUGCACCCAAUCCCUGGCGGAGCCUUCUGGCCUCCUCUCGGUCUGAUCAGCCGCAUGUGGACACACUGGCCUUGCCCCUAGCAUAGGGACGCCAUUCAGUAGAUCACCAGCUAGCAAACAUGUACAAACAAGUUCUAGACAGGAUAAAUUGGAGAUAACCAAUGAGGGAACGCUCUGGAGUGAAGCACUAUGGGUUGGGAAGGGCUUCCAGUACAAAGUGGGAUUUUCACUGGGACUUCAAAGAAGCUGGGGGUGGAGAUAAGGAGCAAGAACAUUCCGGCAGGGGAAAUAGCCUUCCACCUACUGCUGCUGACCCUUGGUCCCUGUUAUUCACUCUUUCCUGUUCCUCCAGAAGGGUUUUAAAAAUGCUGCCGUCAAGGAUCCAUCCCAAAGAAGGAAUACUCCCACCACUGCCAGGGUCUUUAGCAAUUUAGUGGCCCUCCCCAGACUGUCAAUCCAAGCUUGGUCCUCACCCAAUUGGACUCUCACCCAAUUAAACAAGCAUUUGUUAAACCUUCUACAAUUAGUGGGGUUUUAACUAAUCAAAGAGCAGUCAUUAGCUCCAAAAAGGUUCUCACACCUGGGAGAGAGGAAGAAAGCCCUUUCUCCCUUCCUCCUUUAAGCUGAGCCCCAGGAGAUGUGCCGCAGGGUAAAGGGCUGGGAAGGAGGUCUUGGACUCGGGCUGGGAUUCGGGUUCUGCCUCUUGCCACAUGAGUCUCUCUGGACCUCAUUUUUCUUUUACACCAUGAGGGGUUCGGAAUAGAGGGUCUCCAGGAUCCUAAAUCUUGCUAUGAUCAUUCAUUGCAAAGACCAGAGAGCUUAGCAACAAGCAAGUUCAGCCUGUCGCGAGGGACGUUCAGGAAGGACAGAAUGAGGGACAGCACGAGAGUAGCAUAUCCUAGAGGAGAGGGAGAACACUGUAGGAUGGGGAUCCAAGUAUUGGAGCCGAAGUAGGGGCCACCAAGAUCAACCUGUGUGUCCCUUUAGCCCCAACCAUAACUGACAGGAUCUGUGCUAGAAAGGUAGGAAGUUUGGGGAUUGGGAGGACCAGAUGGCGCCCCAAACAGGCUGGAACAAGUAUACUGCCUUUUAAGGGGUUAGGACGUCUCCCUAUUACCUCUGUGUUCUCACCACCAGCUUUGACCAAGUAGGAGCUCCAUCAUCUUUUUGAAAGCUUUUUUCCCAAAGCUCAGUCUGUCCAAUUGACCUUAGAUGUUGAAUAAACCCCUCAGGUGGAAGGCGAGGUGAGCUGUCGACGAAGCCCCUCCCACCAAAUCCUCUCAAAUCGCUUCAGUUGGUUUCGUAGGACCGGGGCGGGGGGGGGGGGGGGGCGUUCAGGAGAAAGUCUAAGAAGUCUCAGAUAUGGCCUUGCUUGAACAGCUACAGCCAGAGAGUGGUUGAGGCUGGCCUGGGAGUGUCGUCACCCUCCAGGAUGGUCUUGAGCCCUGUCCUUUACAUGUCUGUCACUGGCCAUAAGGCCCUGGGAAGUCCUCUGGUCUUCCUGUACCUAAUUUUCUUUUUCUGCAAAAAGGGAUUCCGACAGCUGAGGCUUGUGUCCUUAGGGUGCUGGUAGCCUCUGGCUCUGUGCUCUCCAGCUAUAGAUGUUUGAAGAGCCACAUAUGGAAGAGAGAUUAUGUUCAUUCUGUGCUGCUCCAAGAGGUCAAACUGGGGGAAGUUCUGGGGAGACAGAUUCCCUGUGAGAGAGGGAGCUCCCUGUCACUGGAAGGACACAAACAAAGGAAGCUGGUCGUCUCAGGACCAUGGAAGCAGCCUUGCUUUGGGAGCUAGGUUGGCCUCCGUGGUUUCCGAUGCCCCUUCCUGCUGGGAGGUUGUGAGUGAAUUGGUCCCCGAGUUGACCUCCCUUUCCUUGUUCCCUUGAACAGGAGGUGGGGAUACUCAGAAAUUCUCUGCCAGGUGUGGAGUCCAGCCCCAGGGAAUACCGAGAGUGGGAAUGAAUAUCCCAGGCCAGUGGAAGAUGUGCUUUGAGAUCUCCGUUUGUUAAUCUGAGCGCCGGGGUUUAUACACUCUUUAACUAGUAUCACAUCAACAACAGCUUCCUCCA